CGUCACGCAAGAUGCAGGGGCACCCGCGCCCGUGCCCUGCUGUCGACAACGGCAGUGUGAUCGAUCCAUUCGUAAGGGACGGUUGGAAGGGGAUGGAUGGGAGGGAAUUCCGCCCAUUUGGUGCAUAUGUGUGUGUGUGCGUGUGUCUCGCAAAAAUUCACUAGCUCGCAAA